AUGCAAUUUUAAUCUUAAUUGUUUUCAUAAAUGUCUUUCAUUAUCACCAAAAACACCCUUUUCAUCACAGUGGGUCUUUAACUUGGCGAGGAGGAAAGAGUUAACCGGGGGGAGGGCGCCCGUGCUGGCGCGUUUGGUAUAAAAGCACCUCUAGAGCGCACAACAGGACCAGCGUGUGUCUGAGGAGCCCUGCUUACAUUCGGGUUGACUUUUCUCCUCCAGCAGGACUCGACGGAGACGCACGCCUGCGCGCGCACUGACCACCGUAAUGGAUGAAUUCUGAAACAGACGCGCGCAGUUCAGAACUAACUUAGAAAACCGAGUUCUUUGUCAAACUACCUGUAACCUGAAGACAUUCUCCUCGAGUCAUGCGCUGGAUUAGAUCUCACAGAAUGUAGAAAGAAGAAGAAACGGACCGAGAGGAGCAACCUGUGGCAGCAGCAGGAGGAGGAGGAGGCAGCUGGAGGCGCGCUGAGCGGAGGUCUGAGCGGGGACGGAAACUUGGAGCUGCAGGCUGGAUCCGCGCUGCAGGACGCACAGAGGUGUUCAGAGCUUCAGCUUUGAUCUGCAGCUUCUUCAACCCGUAUGAAGACACUUAAAAAAAAACAGGGAAAUACUUCUCCAAAAAGGAGUGGCCCCAGAGACACUUAACCACUUUCUUUGGCAUCCCCUCCUUUUGGAUCCUUUUCCCUUUUGUUUUUGAAAUUCUGAUCCCGAAGUGGCUCCGAAGUGGUGUUGCGGCUCCUCGUCCCCGGCGGAUCCGGAGAUCGGAGUCUCUGCACCGGUAGGAGGCGGAGUCGGGGCUCCGGCCACGCCGGAACCUCCGAAGAGCGGCCGCGUCAAGAGGAUGGUGCGGCUGGCGGCGGAGCUGCUGCUGCUCCUGGGACUUCUGCUGCUGACUCUGCACAUCACCGUGCUGCGGAGCAACCCGCUGCCUCAGGCCAACGCAACCCGGAGCCUGGACCAGGACGCGGCGCCCGCAGAGAAAAACAAAAAUGGAAGGAGCCGCUCCUCUUCACAGCUGUCUCCUGAAAACCGAGGGUCUGGUCCGGAACAUCGAACAUCCCACCAACCGGCGUCCCAUCCCUGGACACAGGACAGCAACGCCCGCCGGGACGGCCACGGAUCGUUCCUCCUAGACUUGCACAACUUCCCCGACCUCUCCAAAGCUGACAUCAACGGACAAAAUCCCAACAUCCAGGUGACCAUUGAAGUGGUGGACGGACUCGAGGGCCACGAACCAGAGAAAGGCUUCCGAAAGGAAAGCAAACCCAGCUGGGCCUCUCCUAACUGGAGGAACUGGUGGCCUCGCACUUCUUCUUCGUCGUCCUCCUCUUCCUCUACCCAUCAAACGGGAACGCGCGAUCGCACCUACGGAGGCAAAACUGCAGACAGCAACUUCCUCAGACCGCCAGCAGACUGGGACAGGAAAGGAAGCAAAGCACAGACUGAAUAUGAUUACAUGGAUGGGGAUGGGGACUGGAGCAACUGGUCUGCAUGCAGUGUCACUUGUGGAAACGGAAAUCAGAAGAGGACCCGUUCCUGUGGUUAUGCCUGCACAGCCACAGAGUCCAGAACAUGUGACAUGCCCAACUGCCCUGGAAUUGAAGAUACCUUCAAGACAGCAGCUACUGAAGUGAGCCUGUUAGCGGGAACGAAUGAGUUCAAUGCCACAGAGCUCUUUGGUGUUGACACAGACAGCUGUGAACGAUGGAUGAAUUGCAAAAGUGAUUUCUUGAAGAAGUACAUGACCAAAGUGGCAAACGAUCUCCCCAGCUGCCCUUGCUCUUACCCAACCGAGGUGGCGUACAGCACAGCGGAUGUUCACGACGCCCCAACUCGCCGAGAUUUCCGCUGGAAAGACGCCAGCGGACCAAAAGAGAAGCUGGAAAUCUAUAAGCCCACAGCUCGUUACUGCAUACGUUCCAUGCUGACCCUGGAGUCCACCACAUUGGCGGCACAGCACUGCUGCUACGACGACAACAUGAAGCUCAUCACGCGUGGCAAAGGUGCGGGCACGCCCAACCUUAUCAGCACAGAGUUCUCAGCCGAUCUGCACUACAAGGUGGACAUCCUACCCUGGAUCAUCUGCAAAGGAGACUGGAGCCGCUACAACCAGGCUCGACCGCCCAACAACGGGCAGAGGUGUCCAGAAAACCCUCAGGAUGAGGACUACUACAAACAGUUUGAAGAAGCAAGGGAGUUCUAGUCUUCUUAGAAUGUAAGGACAAAAAGAAAACUGCUUGCAUCUUCACCCAAACCUCAAGAAUGGCUCUGUUGGUCAGACUACACAUGAACUGUGAGGAAAGGCUUCUACCGGUCAAUGGAACUGAGAUCACUCCAACAAACGUACAUGCCAGGCAGUACUGCCUAACCAAGUGCUGCUUUUUUAUUUACGUUUUCCUUUUAAAGAAACUGAAGUUUUACUAUUUCUAACUCAGAUUUGGUCAAUAAAGGGAGAAUAGAUUCAUAUCCUCAAAAGGGAAGAAUAGUAUUGUAGAAGAGUCCGUUUGUUUCUGUACAUUCUUUAUGUUAGUAGAAUCCGAGAGGUACCGGUAAUGGAAAUAUGGCAUCCUAUGGGAAUGUGUCAGGAAUUAGAGCACAGAACAGGGUUUUCCAGUUUUCUUAGUUUUGUGGGUAUGUCUAUUUAGCAUGCACAUUUAAAAAAUGUUUUUCAUUAAUUUACCUGUUAUUUAACUUCAUUCUUUCUGUCUCCAAGGCAGUUUUUCAAUGUAAAAAUCCUGCAAUAUUUUUGUAAAGUAUAUUUAUUAAAUCGUAGCUGUGUCUUGGUCGUGA